ACAGAAAAAAAGUUCAACUCACAACUCCGCCUCCAUCUAACUGCGAUGAUUAUCUCAGUAGAAUUUUUUUCUCCAAUGAGAUUAAUCACGUGGUAUUCUAGGAGACAUUUUCUUGUUAUUAAAUUUCGAAGAAUGUGGGUGAUUGAUUUUCUUCAGAUAUUACGUUUAGAGUUCGUAAAAAAUCAAAGCGUAUGUGUUGUUAUUUUUCAGUCGACUGCGUCCGAUGAGAUAUCAACAGAUCUAGUGUCCCAUGAGAUUAGUCAUGCCUUCUAAUUUUUUUUUUUUGUUUUGUCGCCAUUAGAUGUCCCGCCUUUUCUAGCUUCUGGCGCAUAGAUGUCCCGCCACUUCUAGUUUCUGGCGCCUCAAUUUUUCAUUUUGGCGCUUAGAUCACCUCUGUUUUUUUGGUUUGGGCGCCUUAGUUUUCGUUUUUGAGCGCCUCUUUUUUUUUUUACAUUUGAUCGCUUGAAUCUCUCUCUCUAUAUAAACACACUUUUAUUUUCAUUUGAUCCAUAACCACUUUUAUUCAAAAAUUCGAAAUGAGAUUUUUCAAAAAGUGUUUCUUCGGUUUUUGUCCUCUCAAAUUGAGGAUAGGGCGACGCCGCGACGGUGCCGUUCAACAUUACGCCGGUGACGUUCAACAACAAGCUCUCGCCGGGGACGUUCAACAGCAAGCUCUCGCCGGUGAUGUCCAAGCCGCCGAUGCCGUCAAACACCUCGAUCCCUCCGUCGCCGACAAACUCCCCUCUCCCGGCGAGUCCUCCGAUUCCGGCGAGUCCUUUCAAAACUCCGAUUCCGGCGAAUCCUUGCAACACUACUCUCCCGGCGAGUCCUUGCAACACUCCGAUUCCGUCGGACGCAACUCUCCCUCCGAUUCCGUCGCACGCAACAACUCUCUCUCCGCCGCUUCCGUCGGACGCAACAACUCUCUCUCCGCUGCUUCCGUCGCACGCAACAACUCUCUCUCCGCCGCUUCCGUCCCACGCAACAACUCUUCCGCCGCUCCUGCUGGUUCUGGUUCUCUCAUACCCUCCGCUGCCUCUGGUUUUCAAAUUCCAUCCGCCGCCUCUGUGUGUCCUGUGCCCUCUCCAGCUGGAUCUAUUCCAUCCGUAGGCUUUUGUCCACCUCCCUCCUCUGGCUCUGACUCUUUUCUACUCCCGGUUGGCUUACGCUGGACAGGCCCCACUGCCUCUGUUCCUUCCGUUGGCAAUGUUGUUCCAUCUCCGGUCUCCUCUUCCGGUUCUGCUUCCCCUGUCUCAUCAACCGGUUCAGUUUCAAGCAUCCCCUCAUCCGAUUCGGUUUAUGCCUCCAUUCCUUCACCUACUGUUCCCAACCAUCCCUCACCCGUUGCUUCCAACUCUCCUCCGCUUGCUUCCAACCCUCUUGCACCGGUUGUUCCCAAUUUGCCUCCUCCCCCAUUUAUUGGUCCUUUGCCAAUUCUUGGUACGUUCCCUAGGUACGAUUGGCAAGAUGGUGAUUAUGGAUCUAGUAUCACUUUGGCAUAUUACCAAGUGCAGCCAAACAUGCGUCCUCGACAACCAGAGCAUAUGCCUGACGGCGUUGUGGGAUGUGUGUUUUAACUUUCCCCACAAAAUUGUGCGCACCAGAGCUCGAGUUGUUCAUGUUUUUGGUCAUCUAACUGUUACAUCCAGUACUGGGCACAUUAUUCAUGUUUCUGACGAAGAUGAUGAGAUCCAACUUGGCGGUGGUGGAUUAGUCACUGUGGGUGCUCGGGGAAUUGUGUAUGCCAAAAACCUAGAGCCUUUGGAAGUGGAUUCAGACUGCUGGGUUGCAGUUCCUAUCGGUGGGUCCAUAGUGUUUUACGACUUGGCAGAUGAACUGUUAGAUGAAAACAUGGAUUUUGAAGUUUAUUGGGAAGAAACUUAAAAUGUCCUAGUGCAUUGAAUCCGUUUCCUACUUCCUCUCUAUCUGUUUUUUUUUUUUUUAAAUGUAAUUCCACUUGUAAGACGUUUGAGUAUGGAUUCAGUUUCCUACUUUCUGUCUUUUUUUUUUUUUUCUUCUAAAUAAUUCUAGCUGUAAUACGUUUGAGUAUGCGUUUCUAGUAACAGUUGUUUGUAAAA